AUGCCGGGCAGGCUGGGCACAUGUGCCUCUAUCUACGCCGUACAAAUCUCUAUGCCGACCUGCUUCGCCAUCCCAGUGGCGGCCUCCUUGACCGGGGUGGCCGCAGGUGGUGUCUUUCUUGACAGCGUGGGCUUCGUUGAGGGUGUUGGCAGGCUGGAAGGAGCAAUCCAUCUCGACGCAAACGUCGGCGAGGUUCUGGGCGACAACACGCCGCCGGCGGCAGCGAGCGACGCUGACGUGCCGAUACAGCCCAUCACCAUCGACCAGUCAAGCCUGAGCGAGCAGAUGGCCGAGCUCGGGGGCCGGCAGAUGGGACAGGACGCCGCGCUGCAGGGCGGCAAGUUCGUCAGCGACCACAUCGCGUCGCAGCUCUACAGCUCGACCGCGGGGUUCAAUCGUUCAAGGGCGAUACUUUCGGCCCCAGAGCGCCCAGAGCGCCCAGAGCGCCUAGAGGGCGGCGAGGGCGCAGAGGGCGGCGAGGGCGCAGAGGGCGGCGAGGGCGCAGAGGGCGGCGAGGGCGCAGAGGGCGCAGAGGGCGCAGAGGGCGCAGAGGGCGCAGAGGGCGCAGAGGGCGCAGAGGGCGCAGAGGGCGCAGAGGGCGCAGAGGGCGCAGAGGGCAAAAUCACACCGAAAGGCACGCGCAAAUGUUACCACAAGGAGCAGGGGUUCGAGGACAGAGGGGUAGAGGUGGUCGAGGGGGCCGAGGGGCGGGCCGCGGUCGUGGACGGGGAAGAGGUCGUGGUGAUGGCUGGAGGGGAAGAGGAGGCGGCGAUCGGGGGCGAGGGGCAGGCGGCGGUGGUGAUCGUGGGAGAGGAGGAGGAGGAGGAGGAGGAGACGAUCGUGGGCGAGGGGGAGACAGAAGAGCAGCCCCGAGCCCUGAAGCCGCUGGACCAGGUGCUUUCGCUGGACAAGGUGGCCCCAACACGGAAGAGCAUGAAGAAGCACUGGUGCAAUUUCUUCGAGUACCACCGGAGAGGCUUGUCACGGGACACUCGCAAGCCAUGGGACGACGAAAACAUACCACCCAUUUGGCAGGAACCCCCCGAAACAUCCUGGGACGGGCGCUACCCGACCGAUGUGCAGCCGGCGCUUGACCUUCAGGCACGGUUCCGAACUGGAUAUGAAAGAUACAGCGGGAGCGGAGGAUCAGCGAGGCGGCGCAAGAGGGUCGACGCGGAGGCCGGGGCCGAGGCCGUGAGAGACAGGCUUGCCCAGCAGGGUGUUGCCGUGCGGCUGGCCAAGGUGCUGGGCUGGGGCGGCAAUGGAAUAGCGAGCCUGUUCGAGGUCUGGCCCGGCGGGGAGGACGCGCCAAGCAAGAAGGUCGUCGUCAAGUCGCUGCUGCGGAGGGGCCUCGGCAUGGAGCUGGAGUGGUUUUAUAACCUAGCGCUCAGGCGGGCCCGGCAUAUCAUCCAGGCGCGCUUUUGGACAAGAGAAAUAAUUCCCACGGCGGACACCCAGGUUUCCGAGACGAGAGAAAUUCAAAAUGCGUGGCAUCCUAUCGACGACGACCGCACCAUGUUGACGCUCGAGUUCAUGAAGAAUGGAGAUAUGCACCACCUCAUCGCGAAGCUGGCCAUGGCCCAGGAGUCGGUACCACAGCCGAUCCUGUGGCGUAUCUUUUUCUGCCUUGUCCGGGGCUGUAUAGCAAUGUAUUCACCACCAAGGUCAAUAACACUCCCUGACGGGACAUUGUUGCCCGAGGCGCAGUGGAGGCCGGUUUUUGGUGAAGACCUCGCCGAGACUUUGCCCGCACAGACGUCUGAGAGGAUGCCUCCCGGCUGGAAUUUCAUACAUUUUGAUCUUGAUCCCCAGAAUGUCUUGAUCGGUGAUACGGACGGCGGAGAGCAUUCGGUGGCACCCGUUUUCAAAAUCAGCGACCUGGGCUUGGGAAAAUGCCUCCCGGAUAAGGAUCCCGACCUCACGACACCUCUGGGAUCGUGGAAGUGGCGGCAAAUGGGCAAGUUAAUCUACCUAUUACCGGAGCAAUACCACAAAGAGUGGGACUACAUACAAAAGUUUCCACCUCUGGAACCCGAGCCUCCUCAGGUGGCAGGCCAGUAUGGGCCGUGGAGCAAUGUCUUCCAGGCUGCCCUCUCUAUGCAAAACCUCAUAACAAAAGUCACCGUCCCAUACCCGCCCAUGGCCGUGGGGCCCCUGAACGACCCGGCAGGAGCGCACCUCUUCGACAGCGCGACCAGGGUCCACGACUCGAGGGGCAACCAGAUUCCGUCCUUCUACACGCACGGGUACAACCUCGCCUCGGAGCCGGGCCUCGACGAGGACUUCAUGCACCUGCUCCUGCGCUGCCUGGCGGACCUGCCCGUCGACCGGCCCUCGCUGUGGGAGCUCAACUGGGUCAUGGUCAACAAGGAGAGGUCGCCCGGCUGGGCCAUCCCGGAGAAUGACCCCGAUGGGGUCCGGGCGUGGUGCGAUAGGAUGUUUAGGGAGCCGCCUGCUCCCCCGGCGUCUGCGGCAGAGGCGUCCGCGGCCCUCGCGCCUGAGGUACCGGCGACGCAGUCCCGGGUGCCAGGGAACGAUAGAGUCCCUGGUUAUCAGGAUGAUGGUGAUGACGAUGACGAUGAUGAUGGCGGAGACACUGUCAUCCCUGAUACUGUGAUGUCCUAA